AAGAGUGAUUGGAGAGCCGAGAAGAGACGUGCUCAGCGUUGGUGAUUGUUCAGCUUUUUGCGCAUUUUCCCUAUCGUAGAGUGCUUUUGGUGUUUGUGUGAUUUUCAGUGCCUACUUGAUUGUCCAAAAUCUACCCACUUCGGGGAAUUUCAGUGCAUGCAAAGUUGCUGAUUCGAUUUGUUCAAGCGGCCAGAGAACCAUCAGAAGAAAACAGCUGUAAAAGUGAUCAUUAACAUAGUUUUCCAUUUCAGCUGGCUUUUGUUUAAGUGAGGAGUGAUAGAGACAGUGCGCGAAGAGCGGCGAAACACAGCAUUUACAAUCAAAUUAAGAUUUUGUUUUUCGGUGGCCCGUGAAGAGGAAAACAAUUAAGUUGCGCUACUGCGGUCAGUUGAUUCGAGCCCAGAAAAAAAACUUGUACUUUGAAGUGAGAAAGCAGGUCGCAGGUUGCAGACACCGACGUUUCCAAUCCAACUACACGGGCUGAGCGAGCUUCAUCACGAUAAGAAGCACCGCGCCAUCUCUAUGACAGCACGAUAGCAGCACCGUUUUCACCCACCUCCCCCCCUCCCCCCGGCAUCUCCUCUACGCUGCACCAAUGGACAAGCUAGAGCUCGAGAUACGGAAGGAGAUCGACGAGCUGAACACCAGCGUGUCGCUUAUCGAUCGCCUCGACUCGAGCGACACGAUGGACGACGAGAAACAGGAACAGCUGCUCUCGUCAACGCGGGCCGUGUUCGACAACGUCAACUCGAGCCACGCCAAGAACAGCCUGACGGAUUCGCAGAUUUCGAUCAUUUCGAAGCAUGACGGCUAUCCGGACUCGGGACACUUUUACGCAACGCCACUGACACCGACGUCCGACGACAGCAGUGGGGACUGCUGCGACAAACGCGGGACCACAACGUCGAUGUCCGACGGGGACAAGACUCUGAUGACCGACAGCAGCCGGAUGAUGCGAGUUGCCAGCGACACUAGCAGUAAGGACACCAAAGUAGAUUCCAGCACCAGCUGCACCGAUUCGAGCAAGUGCAAGAUGAAGCAAAAGAAAGAUUCCAAGAGUGACAAGAAGGCAGCCUCCGCGACAGCGGCGGCGGCCAAACACAAGAAAGCUGCUGCUGCGGCAGCGGCAGCCGCCGGUAUCAAACUGCCCGGCGCUGAUCAGUAUUCACCGAACGGAGGCAAUUCCUCGUUAGUCAGCUUUCUGUUUCCACCGGGCUCUCCGCAUCUGAAAAAGAAGAGCCUUCCGUCCAUGGUGGUACUCGGGGUGCUGCAGCUGCUGUUCAGCGUAACGCUGGCGGCACUUGGUGGUCUGGUGCUGGCCAGGAACGCCUCACUGGCCAUGGCCGGAACGGGAUUGUGGUGCGGUGCCAUUUCCGGAAUUGCCGGCUCGCUGGGGUUGAUGAACGUCAAGAUGGCCAAGACGGGCUUCCUGGCGGUGAACCUGAUCUGCGUUGCGUCCAGCACGCUCGGCCUGGCCCUAACUGGGAUCGGUGCCGUGCGCGAUGCCAACCUGGCUCAGCAGGAUGAGUCGGUUUGGUUCGCAGUGACAGCAGGUUCGGGACUACUGACGGCGCUGGCGUUGCACUUUCUCGUUAGUGUCUUUUCGGUGUACUACUCGGCGCUGAAGUUAUGCUCCAGACCAUCGCAAAAGUCCCAACUGAUCGAGAACGUCAUCAACAGUAGCUCGCACGGUUCGCAGGCAUUCAUGUCCCAGCAGAAGGUCGAAGACUACAUCAACUCGCUGCAGGUCGAUCCCUCCAUCAAGGAUAUGAUGUACCAGACGAUGCUGAAACGGGGCUACGGUUCCGUUUACGGCGAGAAGCAUCGCUCGGACACGUUCAGCAAUGGUACCGGUGCCGGUUCCCGGCCGGUCAUGCUGGUUCCGGCCUGCGCUGGCAACGGGCUUCAACAGAUGAUGCAGAUGUACCCAUCGUCUCCGCCUCCACCAGGUAGUGGUGGCCCCCCGAUGAUGUUCCCCUCGAACCUGAUGCCACCGGGAGUUCCCCAAUAUCCUCCGAUGUACCCGGACACGGCCAUGCUCGAGGCGCACAUAGCUCGCGUGAACCGGAAACGCUCGGUGCGUUCCAGCUCGGAGCAGGAACAACAGCCACCGGAGGAAGUGGACGAGCGACACCGUCACCGUCACCAUCGAAGCGAAGGUCACCAAAAUCAGGAAAAGACAUUCACCUACACCGGUCUGGAUAGGGAUAUUGCAGACAGCUACCUGGCGAAGGAGGAGGAAAAGCUGAACAGUAGCAGUAUUGUGAGUACUGCCACCGCUGGCGGCGGUGGCGCUGUUGCUACUCUGAAUCGUCCCGGUAAGGAAGGUGGUGAUCGAGCCAACUCGCCACCCCUGACCUAUCAUCACGAUCUGAUGCUGAUCGACCAUCGACACCACUUUGAACGCUACCAGGAUGUGCAAAUGUAACUGCCGAUACACCGGAGAUUGGAGAAGAAAGAAAAAGGAUUCGAGUCUUUGCUAGCACGUAAGUCAUUCAUAGAACGGUAAGGAACAUCUGCUCAAGUUGAUUUUAACGCGACCCAUUACGGAAUUACUUGUGUAUAGAUCUGUGUACAUUUUAUUGUGUUUUAAAUAUAAAACUAUUAAAUUAUUAGAAAGAACAGAGGCUGAAGAUGAUUCAGAAGUCUUCGUCACUCUGGUCUUGCUUGGCGCUCCGCGCCAGGUUGGAGUUUUCCCUCGUCAGCUUGGUCAGACUCUCGUCGUCUUCAUCGUCGUCGUCGUCGUCUUCAUCCGAACGGAGCUCGUCGAUAACUGCAAUAAAACCAAAA